UCAAAAUUGUCAAAUAUACUUUAUUCUUUGUAAGAGUGUUAGUUAAAAAACAUGUCUUCUUUAAGGUCCACUAUGUCAUAUAAUUCUAAAUCAAACUUUGAUGAACUUAGAUGGGUGAUUCAUAUCAGAAAAACACUUGAAGAAGAAUUUGAAGAGGAAGAUGGUGAAUUAUCUGUAACCAUUUUCAAUGUGCCAAAGCUUCUUAUGGCUAGUGAUCCAGAUUCAUAUGUUCCACAACAAGUUGCAAUUGGUCCUUUCCAUUAUUGGCGACCAGAACUCUAUAUAAUGCAAAGUUACAAGCUUGCAGCAACAAAAAGGUUCUUAAAAUCAUUACAAACUCUCAAGUUAGACAAACUUGUUGACCAAUUGACAAAGUUUGAACAAAGGGUUAGAGCAUGUUACCACAAAUACUUAGAUUUGAACGGUGAAACGAUGGUGUGGAUGAUGAUCGUUGAUGCAUCAUUCUUACUUGAGUUACUUCAAAUUUAUGCAAUGCAAGAAGGUGUAACGAAAAGGGUAGUUUCGUCAAGCAUGUCCCAUUUGGUGGAUUAUGCUGGAAGAAAAUCAGCUCAUAAUGCAAUGUUGAGAGACAUUGUGAUGUUAGAGAAUCAAAUUCCAUUAUUUGUUUUGAGAAAAUUACUCGAGUUCAAGUUUUCGUCACUCGAAGCGGCUGAUGAAAUGUUGAUUAUCAUGUUUAUAGGUUUGUUUAAACAAAUUUCACCUUUUAAGAUGAUUGAAGAUUUUCCAAACAUUAAAGUCUCCGAAAGUGCGCAUUUACUAGAUUUCUUUUAUGACAUGAUUGUCCCUAAAUUAGAAACCGAACAAGAUAUUGCUAUUGACGUUGAGAUUCAAGAAGAGGAACAAGAUCACAAUGGAGAUGAUGAAAAUUCAAAAGGUGAGUCUAGUUAUGUGAAGCAAUCCUUCAAUGAAAUUUGGAAGAUUCUUUCAAAACUUAACAAAGGACCUAUGCAACUACUAAAAAGGGCUCUUGUAUCAAAACCAUUGAAAGUUCUUGUCAAGUUUCCUUGGAAAAUCAUAACCAAUCUUCCCGGAGGUAAACUUCUAAAACAACCUAUUGAAUAUUUAUUUUUCCCAAAAGAAAAAGGUGAUGAAGAAAAUCAAGAAAAUGAAACUUCUAGUACUUUUAUCAACAAACCACCUUUGAUUGAAGAAAUCACUAUUCCUUGUGUGAAGGAACUAGUGAAUUCGGGGGUUCGAUUUUUUCCGACGAAUGAUGGAAGUAUAUCAAGCAUUAACUUUGAUGAGAAAACGAGAACUUUUUACCUUCCUAUAAUUAGUUUGGAUGUUAAUACUGAAGUUUUUCUUCGAAACUUGGUUGCAUAUGAAUCAUCUGUCGGAUCUGGACCGUUGAUUAUAACCCGUUAUACCGAAUUGAUGAAUGGAAUUAUAGAUUCGGAGGAAGAUGCAAAGAUUCUAAGUGAAAAAGGGAUUGUUUUAAAUCACUUAAAGAGUGAUAAAGAAGUUGCUAACAUGUGGAAUGGAAUGAGUAAGUCAUUGAGAUUGUCAAGGGUUUUGUUCUUGGAUAAGACUAUUGAAGAUGUUAACAAGUUCUAUAAUAGUAGAAUGAAGGUGAAAAUUUGGAAAUUUAUGAAGUCUUAUGUGUUUGGUUCAUGGAAGAUAUUAACAUUUUUAGCUGCAAUUUUCAUGUUGCUUUUGAUGGCAGUGCAAGCUUUUUGCUCAGUUUAUACUUGUAGUCGCUUCUUUGAAUCAGCACUGCAACAAAGUGAUUGA